CAGAGAGUACGAGAGAAGCGACAGGCGAUCCAGAAGCGAAGACCGGACUGGAUACCGUGGACCAGAUGGUGGACACGACCGAGGUGAUCGAGAAAGAUUCCGCCGCUCGCCACCCCGUUGCUUUACCUGCAACGAGCGUGGUCAUUAUGCCAAUCAAUGAAGAUAUGGCUGGCGCGCAUCAAGCAGCCGUUUGUCGACUUCUUAUGACUCCUACAGAGGAAGGUCCGAUCGAGGAACUCAACAAGAGUUUGGCAUCAGUCUUGGAGUUCGUGCUGAGCGAGAAAGCGAAGAAGGCGGAAGAAGAAAGACUGAAACAAGAAGCCGAAGCAGAGGAAGAGAGAAAAGUUGUGGAAAAGAAGGUGAGGGAGGAAAAGGAGCGGAAGCGAUUGGCCAAGCUACAGAAGCAAUGGGAGCGGGAUGCGGAGAUGGACAAGAAGCUUGAGAUACAGUUCGCUUUGAAGACCGGUGAUUUUUUUGAUAGGAUGGAGGCCAACCUUGGGCCGGUACUGGAACUGGUACGAACGAAGGCGAAGAAGCGUGUGGAAGAUGCGAGCAUACCGAGUCCGGAGCCGGAGGACAGCGACAGCACGAUAGAAGAAAUCCGCACCCACACGGGUCGCCUGACGAUUAGCGAAAAGAGGAAGAGAGGGCCCGAGCCCGUUCUCGAGGAUAGCCCUCCAAUGGUGACACCCGCAAAGCGAACUCCAGGACGCAACAAGGCGAUGACUGGAGCGACUCCUGGUCGAAUGACGUGGUCGAAGGCUAAGGUCAAGACCAGAUUGUCCCCUCUUGUGGCGAAGCAUAAGCGAAGCCCCGAAAAACCAAGAACGGUUGCGAAGCUUCGUUUUCGGAACCAGGCAAUGGAGGAGUUACAUUGUUUAGAUGCACAAGAGCUCCAGUCCAUCUGCAAGACUGAGGGCAUUGCAUAUAACGGGAAGAUCGACGCAAUCUUCGACAUCGCUAGCCAUCGCACCAGAGUGGCUUUUCGUGAAGUGGAACCUGUGGACAUUUCGGAGAAUGCAGAACCGGUCGAGGAAGAGUCGACAACUGCCGAUGACGAAGGGCAUGAAGACAAGGAGUGAUGUGGUUACGGAUUGGACGAGAUAUGGCAGAUCGUGCGUAUAGUGGUAAGUUGGCGCAGUAG